CGCACCAGCCCUUUUUCUACCCCGUGUACAUUUGAAUGUUUGCACUGGUGGAGUUGUUUUGCAUUUAUUUUGAUGAUCGCUACACGCGACCACGAACAAACGCAAAUCCAUUCUUUAUUUCCCAUACCGAACUAGCUCGAGGCCUUUGAUCGAAAAAGGGGCCUCCCGUGUGUGUUUUUUUACUUCCACCGCUGGCCAUAACGUCAAUUAAAAACCUGUUGAAGUUUAAUCAACCGCUCAAAGCGUCCACCGUCUACCAGCAGCGGGGCAGUUGAUUUAAUUUUUAUUUCAUAAACACGACUUCAUCGGAACGCAAUAUUUAAUGCCGGGUCGGGUGAUUCUUUGGUUGGUUUGUUUCGUUUGUUUGCUUUUUUUUCAGCGACUUUUGAUUAAACCAAAUCGAUCAAUCGCAAAAAUUUGCAUCCGAGGGGGUUUCACACGUGUGAGGGUAUUUUUUUUUUUUUUUUUUUUUUUUUUUGAGGGGGAAUAAAUCGAGAGCUGUUCGAGGUGUAGGUCGGGAGUUAUAAAUUGAUGGGUAAUAUUUUUUAUGGAUUGUAAUCAGUAAAGCAUUUAAAAAUUGGUUAAAAUAUUUUUAUGGUUAAUGAUUCAUCUAAGCACAACAUUCUCUGUUAAAUUAAUUAUUGAAUGUCUGGACGUCGAAUUGACGUCGAGUUGGACACCGCCUCAGGCAAUUAGUGGAGACCUUCUUCUUCUUCCUUGGCACUACAACCUCGAGAGGUUGUCAUUUUUGGCUUUCAGUGACUUAAUUUUACCCGUAGUAAAGUAAUCAGCCUUACGUACGAAGAGGCGGCCUGGAUGGGAUUUGAAUCCUGGCCCUGCCCCGUGUGAAGACCGGCGCUGUUGUCGCCACGGCCACCGGACCGCCCAGAAGGUGCGAGAGAGGAGACUAGAUGGAGGAAUAGUUUCACGUUUUGGACUACAUUUUUAUUUGUUAUUGUUCAGUUUUAAGCAACUUAACAUUAAUAAUCCCACUCUUCUCGGCUAUGUUCAAAGUCAGUCAUUGUCGGCCUCUCAUCUCAAAGUCAUCUCAAUGUUACCAAUUAUAAGCAUUCAAAAUAAUUAUAAAAGAUUUUUGUUUUGAAUUUUGGAUGAUUGCAAAAAUUCAUUACAAUUUUUUAGCUAAAACCAUUAUGGACCCUAUUAACAGUUCAACAGGGAAACCCUGUAAUAGGACAGGGCUAUACUUCAGAUUGCCUACCUUUAGGGGCUUAAAUUUUGUAUUGCACCUCGAUAAAACCAGCAUGAAAGAAUUAUUUUCUGUGCUGUUAAAAAAAAAAUCCCCCGCAAACUAUCGAACAAAACUGCAAUUAACAUUAACAAAAUUUAUUCUAAUUUAUUCUACAGUAAAUAACGAUACCUUCUUUGUACCAACUUCACUGCUACACAUCGUUAAAGGUAACGAUUUCCGCUAGUUUCGCCAACGCACAGCAGGGCACACCGGUGUGGCUGAUAAUCGUAUCAUUGCACAUAACUUUUCGAACUACCGCUUCCCGCGCAGCAACGGUUUUCGGGGCAGCAUAACGCUUGUUAAUUGAAUAAUACUACCCAGACCGAGGCCAGCUUAUCACAUUGCCGGUGUCUAAUUAUUUCCCACACGACCUGUGGGGUGAGGUUGGUACGCACUGUGUGACCCCAUGCAAAGUUUUUCAACAAAGUGCAUCAGCCUGUAUGCGGACGGUGGCUGGCGAGUCGAAUUUAAAUAGUCUUUCACGUUCCGUUGAUGGCAGACCGAGUGAGGCAAAGCAACCAUCGGUGGACACCAGUGAGCUAGAUGCACGCGCCGGAGGACCAUUCGAUAUUAGACCUACGCUUCCAACGACUUCUACCAGCGCAUCUCCAACGUCAGCGGAGCCUGGGCCACUUGGCGGCCUACUGGGUGGAGGUGGUGGUCUACCAGAACUGGGCUCCGGAGCGCAACAGUCGGGCGGAUCAGCAUCGCCUCAGGCCUCCUUGAUUAUCGGUGCAUUUCAAGCCAUCAUUACACCGUUCAAUCCGGGGAUGCUUGGUCCGGUUUUAGGAGGACUAGGUGGUGGUGGUGGUGGUGGUGGAGGCGGAGGAGCUCCCAGUCUUCCGUCCUUUCCCAUCGGGGCAAAACCUCAGAAGUAAAUUUAAUUUAUCAACAGAAUAAAAAAAUAUUUUAAACAAGAUUUUUUGAUGAAUUUAAACACACGCACAAUCCAUAUUUGCCAAAUUACUGCAGCCUGUAACAACAAAAACAUGUUUGGCCUCGAACUCGUAACAUGACACUGAUAAUCGCAAAACAAUAUUCUGCAAACUGGUUGUUUACCACCGAAGCAACUGUUUGGUUGUUUCCCACACCAAACCACCAACCCCAAUCACCAGCUGCGUGCGCGCGCAAAUUGCUGCUAUAUUUGGCCUGUUUUGUUUCUUUUUCUGUCGCCGACUAUCUGUGGCUUAUUGACUUAUCUACUGCCGUGAUAGUCGAUCACGAGCCUGCGAGGGGCUUGGCCGAGUCCAAAGUAGCCGCCAGGGAGCGUGAUUAACUCGUGACUAGGAAGUGCAAGAUUUGGUCUUUUCGUUUGUUUACCGGAUAGUUGGUUGGUGCUCGCUAGAGGUGGAUCACAGGGUAUUAAUUUAGGCAGUAUUUCGUAUGCAUUAAAUGGGGACCGUAAUCAGACAGAGAGAGAGAGAGAGAGAGAGAGAGAGAGAGAGAGAGAGAGCAUAAAUUUAGCACGUACAUUACAUAAGCAUUAAAGAGCUCAAUUGCAUACUGUUAGGCGUCAACUCGUUUCUUAACGUACCCUAGAGUUUAUUGCGGAUAUUUGUAACGCUUUUCCAUAUAUUUUUUUAGUUUUGUUCCAAGGAUUUUUGACGGUUUCUCAAAUAUUUUUGAACUCGUCCUAAUAUUUCCCAAUAUUUUUACAAUAGAACAAAAACUCAAACAGUGCUAUUAAUAUUAAUCCGCAAUUAAGAAAUAGUGCAAUUAAGAAAUUAAUUGUCUUUUAGUUAUUUUGUCAUAUUUUUACACUUCCUAAGGCAGAAUAUUCCAACUUUAAUAUAAAUCUUUCUCUUCUUUGAUAUAUAAAUAAAACGAGUUUCUUUCUGAGGUGAGGCCAUUAAAAAAACACAAAAUAGAUAUAAAAAAGAAGAAAAAAAAAGAAUACAUAGAUGAAAAUAAGGUGGAAAACAAGUAAUGGUCCAAUCAAACAAGAAAAAAAAACAUAAAAACAUUCAAAACACAUAUAAAAAACCUUGAAAUGAAUUUUGAAUGAACUAAAUUCAAA